AUGCCGCAAGAGAGGAUUGAGAAAGGCAAGAGAGUGCGCGCCUGCACGAUUUGCGGCCGGACUUUCAAGAGGACUGAACAUUGUAUUAGACAUGAGCGCGCACAUUUUCGAGAGCGCCCGUUUACAUGCCAAUUCUGCCAAAAAUCCUACGGCAGGAAAGACCUGCUCGUUCGACAUGAGCGCACACUUCAUGCCGAUGAAUGGGCUAAUGCCCAAUUAAAUGCCUCCCCAGAUGCCCCUGCACGUCCAGCUCGUCGUCGUCAGAGUGGAAAUAGUUGGAGCCAGGUCCACCCACUCCCACAAGCACUGCCCCAGAUAGAGCCGCCGCAGUACAAAGGAGACCUGCAAGCCGGCAUGCGCAUAAAUGAUGAAACCGUUAUACAAUAUGAAAGCUUCCUUCCGUCGCCUCGCGUAUCUUCUUCGUCCGAAAUCAGCGACCCGGAGCUAGUCACCGGCACUUCGGACGGGAUGGAAGUUGAGUUUCCUAUGGAUCCAAGUCUACUGAAUGGUACCUACAUGACUGUUGCUGGAAGCAGCGAAAACGCGCCUUAUCAAUACAUCCCUGCGUAUCCAACAGAUCAGCAUCAUACCGUAUAUGACUCCCAUAUGCAGCCUUAUAUCCUGGAACAAUUCAAUCAAUAUCAGGGUUUCCCAAUUGACCCUAACCUCACAUCAAGUGCUCCCCAGAUCAACAAUGCGCCGAUGAUAUCGGACAAUACGUUUCCUGAUACCGAAAAUGUGAAUAUACUCGCUUUAUUCCCCUGUCCGAAUCUCGAUCAUCAAACACUAACCAGAUACCUUGACGAAUCUUUCAGCAAUAAAUCCACACUGGAACUACUUAAAGAUGGAUCCGACAACGCCACAUCAUCUUCAGACCCCGAACCUCAUCGUCGAGGACGACCACCUCGCAAUGCAAAGGUGCCAAGUAUCGCCCAGCCUCGUAUGAAUUUCACACAAGAUGAUCGAACCACUCUUCUGGAGGAUCUUAAAGAAAAAUUUAAUUUCGAUGUUGAAGAAUCCCAAAUUCCUCCUUCGCAGGAGAUUCAAAGCUUUGUGGACCAGUUCUUCGAGUCAUUCAACACUCGUCUACCGUUAUUUCAUCUUCCAUCUUUCAACAUUUUGGCUACACCUCCCCCGCUAUUGUUAGCCAUGUGUUCCGUUGGUGCACUGUUUGGGGCUGAAAAGGGGGUUGCUAGUACUCUAUCCAGACUGGCAAAGCAGGCCCUGAAAAAUGCCGGGUCCAGUUAUGAUCGUCCCCUAUGGGAGAUUCAAUGCAAAUUACUUCUUAUCAUUCAGGCGGCUUUUGGUGGUGAUCUUGACGCGGUGAAUUGGGCACUUGAGAAUGCCGGCUUCAUCCAGCGCGAGUUUUCUUCCCGCAAAGCGACAUUGUUGGCCACUUCUGAUCCAGAGGACAACGACUGGUCUGUAUGGAUUUCUAGAGAGUCGUCUAAGCGCCUACUUUUCGGUAUGUUUAUCAUAAGUAGUCUCUUGGCGCUCACUUAUAACAUCCCGCCUUGCAUCUCUACGACUGAAGAGCUCAAGAUCGGAAUGCCCGCAGAUGAACAUACUUGGAGCGCGACAGAUGAGGAUGAAUGGAAGAGAGCUAUGACAGCUAAAGAGUCACCUAAUAUUGACCUAUACACAGCGUUGACGAAAGUCCUGUUUGGCAAGGACUUUGAUCUUGAUUCGGAAAUCCAAUGGUCUGCCUUUGCUGUGACUGUUUUGAUGCAUGCGGUAAACAUACACAUGUGGCAUAUAACGCAGUCUACGCAGUCAUUCAUGAGCUUCUCUGCUGAUGCGAAAGAAGAAGAGCAAAUGAAGGCUUUAUGCACCAGCCAAACAGAAGCAGUACUAUCUAGAUGCUAUAUGAUCCUCGCACACCGGCGCCCGCCUGACGGAGAAAAUUGUUGGGACGAUGUCGAAGGCCCAUUACUUUUUAAUGGCAUGGCGGUGCUCCGUAGCUGCUAUGUACGUGCCUUUACCGGUAGUGGAAGUUUCGAUCGCACUUUGCUCUUCAACGACGAUGAACAAGCAGCAUUCACUGCGGCUAAAAAAUACAUUAAAAGCGACCAGGUUCGGACGCCUUUUCUCUCAGGGGCCGUUGCACAGGCUUUUGAAGGGCUGUUAUCUCCGCUGCAGAUGGUACACAAGCUUUCUGAGAAGGAGACUACUUUAGGACGGAGUGUAGAACAUGCUCUAGCCAUGUGGGACACUGCUCUAUUCUAUACCAAAUGGGUACACACAAUGGAAACACAACAAGCAUAUGUCCAGGCUGGGUAUGAAGAAAGGCAGAAUUUGGAGAACUUAUUGGAGAUAUUGAGACACAAUGACGUGCAUCGGGGAGAAAAGCAGUCUAUGGCUGCUGGUCUAGCCAGGCUAUUUGCUGGGUACAUCAAUGCUAGCUGGACCUGGAAAGUUACAUGUCGAAUAAGCAACGUGCUUCAAAAAUUGGCCGUGGUCUACGAGAAUGAGAAGGACGCUGGUUCUGUAUAA